AUGUCUAUUGAUAUUACAGAUAAAGUUCUUUUGAAAUGUAAUUCUGGCAUCAGAAGUAAAGUUAUCGAUAUUGAAAUGACUUGGUUGCAUGCACCACUUGAAGAUCAAACUAUGGAUCUGUUAAGUCUACUUGCUGAUGGAUUAGUCUCUCCUUUACUCUGUCAUCUAAUCGGGCUGCCUUUAGUUCAAGUGACACUGGAUCGACUGUAUACAGUUACAGACCUGCGAAAUAUUUUCAAUCCAGGCGAUCCAGAUGCAUUAAAAAAAUUCAUUGAAGGACCUGUCUUGGAUGAUACAAAUUUUCCACCUUUAACAACAAAUUCAGAUGACUCAGGGCCUUUAGAACAUCAUGGAGUUUAUGGAAUCUAUGAUAGCUGUCUACCUUCUAAAUGUAUACUACCUAUGGAGAAUACAAAGCGUGAAUUGAAAUCUCGUUUUGAAAAGAAUGAUGAUAGCGAUAAUGAUGUGAUUAUCGGAGAUGGAGGUGCAGACGGUGAUGUUGAAGCGGCUGAUUACAUUCCGAUAUGUUUAUUGUGUCCACUUACUCGGACAAGAAUUGAGUUUCCUGUAAGAUCGUAUAAUUGUUCACAUCUUCAAUGUUUCGAUUUAAAUUCCUAUCUAACAAUGAAUCUACGUCGACCACGUUGGACAUGUCCAAUAUGUAAUACGCAUUCACCAUUUCGUGAUCUAAGAGUUGAUGAAUUAUUUAUGAGUAUUAUUCAAGAUCCACGUAGUGCUAAUCUUGAAUUUGUUCAUAUGGAUUCAAAUGGGGAUUGGCAUGUAAACAAUCUUCCUAGUACCAAUGCUGCUACGGCGACGACGACGACGACGACUACCACUAAUGCUACUAGUGCUACUAGUACUCCUACUAAGAAUGAUUCACUUACUGUCGACAAAUGUCCACCUACAGAAAUCAAGUCUACCGAUGACGAAGACGAUGAUGAUGAUGAUGCGGCAACAUCAAAUAAUAAUAAUAAUCAAGGCGAUCAUGAUACUGUGACAGAAACUGAUGCUAUUGUCAAGGAUAAAACAGAAAACACCGGCGGUGGUAAUGAUGGUGGUCGUGAAGAAGGAGAAAGCGGUAAUUCCCCUGAAAAAAGUCAAUUGAUAACGAUGAAUGAAUCAAAGGAAAUGGUAACAUCUGUUGAUAAUCUUGAGGCUACUACUGCCACUACUACUACUACUACGACGACGACGACUACUCCUACUGCCACUACUGCCACUGGGGUGAGAGAAAAUCGUCAUUCAGAGGAACCUAUAGUGAUUAUAUUAAGCGAUGAUGAUGAUGAUGACGAGGAGGUGGCGGAUAAUAAUAAUAAUGAGAAUGACAAUGGCGGUGACGUUGAUGACAGAGGAGGUGAAAAGAAUGAAGAAGGUUGUCCAUCUAACAGUCAUCAAAAUGAAUUAAGAAAUGAUAAUGGAAAUAUGAAUUCGACGGAUAAAUCAAAGAAUCCUGUACGUGAUCACUCUUUAUCGCAUAUAAAUGAAAAAGUUAAUGGAAUUACACCACCAAUUGCACUUUCAAAAUAUACAACCCUUGAAAUUGAUUUAACCAAUGAUGACUCUUCAGAUUCGUCAAUUAAUAAUGAAGAUACUACACCUAGUCGGAUAUUAGACACAGUCAUAUCAUUUAAUAAACACCAACAUCAACAACACAAUCAGCAUCAACAUUCUCGUCAGCAAUACCAGCCUCAACAUCAUCAGCGUAAUCGUCAUCCUCGUCAUCCUUAUACGGUUGUAGCACUGCCACGACCAUCACAACCCCAACAACAACAACAACAACAAUUAGUCAUCAAUAAUGGUGGAGAAGUUGGCCAGCAAUUAUUCAGUUCAACACCAACAACAACAACAUCCUCCUCGACAUCAUUAUCAUCAUUAUCAUCGAUAUCCUCAUCAGAGUCAUCAAUGCGUCGUACACCUGAUCAACACCAGCAUCAUCUACAUCAUCAAUUAAGUCUUUGUACAAAAGGUGAUCCAUUGAUUGUUAUUAGUCCGUUACCAGCAAUAAGUGUUGCUAGUGCUAUAUCUGGUUCACUUAGAAUUGAUGAUGCUCAAAUUGAUAUGCAUUUUAUAAAUCAUCAGUAUAAUUCAUUAAGAAAUGAAUUUAAUAAAGAUGCUAAUAAACAAUUAUCACUUAUAAAUACUACUAAUAAUAAUACUAUUAUUACUAUUACUACGACUAGUACUAAUACUAAUACUACAAAUAACAAUGAUGGAAAUUCUACACUAUCGUCUAUGCCUUCAUUUACAACAAAUGAUAAUGCUUUACUCAGUUCUUUGAAUCCUGAAUCAGAAUUUUAUAAACAUUUAUUAGAAGUGACUGCAAAUCGAGUGAAUCAAGCAUUACUGAAAAAUAAUUCGUCCAUGGACAACAAUACUACUACUACUACUAAUACUGCUAUUGGUAGUAAUAGUGGUGGGGGUGGUGGUCUUCCUUCUACAAGUGGAAAUAAACGCAAAAGUAAUUUAUCAUCAAGUAGUGACAGUAAACGAACUGACCAUCGAACAAAAUCCUCGAAGAAGAUUGUUUUAUUGGAUUCUGAUGAUGAAAUGAUUGAUGCCACGUCUAAUCCCAAUCCAACUUCCCCUACUACACAUCGUCGAAAUGCUCAUAUCGUGAAAAUGCAACAAGUCACUGCUUUGGCUCGUCUAAUCCAAGAAAGAUCACGUCGUAUUAAACCUUUAACUGAAACAUCUAAAUCUCAAAGUCUAGAGGCGUCGACAGCUGACAAUCAUCAUCAUCAGCACCAUCCGUCAACAAGUUGCACCAGUAGUAGAACCGUACAAAAACACACUACUACCAUCCCUAUAGAAUCAUCUUCUAGAAAAACACGUCCAUCUAGACAAAAUCGUCGAAAAAGUCGAAUUGAACCGAUUGACAGUGAUAAUUCCUCUUGUAGUAGUAAUAGUCCUAGUACUAGUAAUACGUGUUGUAUUUCAGAAAUGUCAUGUAUCUCACAAUCAGAAUCGGAAGAAGAAGCAGGAGCUUCACGUGGAUCUUCAUUUAGUGGAUCACAGUUCACAGAUGAAGAUGAUGACGACGAUGAUGAUGAUGUAUCAAUUGAGUCUUUCUCAUCGGAUGAUCGUUGGUCACCAUCACGUGAAUAUAAUAGUUCCAAUAGAAGACAAACAACAAAACGGAAACCUACAAAAGUUAGACGAUGA